AUGCAACCAAAGAUAGCUAUAUUUAAUCGAUCUGAUUUAGAAUAUGGCUUCCCUAGACACCCAUUAUAUCCAUAUAAAUACAAAACACAUAAUUAUGUGGUUUUAUUGCAUUUUUAUCAAGAACGUUGAAGGCCUUGCAAUUUGAAAUCAUAGAAGCUGUACUCUAUACUCAGGCUAUAUCAGCAUCUACUAUGGAUUUAUGCACUUUCGAUUUUUAAGCAGCUAGAGAGUCAGAGAGAGACUUUGUAAGUUUGGGUAUUAUUAAUUUAACUAAGAAAGAUUAGACGAACAACUCAACGUGGUUUUGUUAGUCGACUUUUCGUAGGGGAAAUACUCAAACAUCAAUUUAUGGGGAGAAAAAAUGGGAACUAACACUGCUUUGUUGUAUGCUCUAAAGCAUCAAAAAUUGAUUUGCAUGAUCUUGGACAGUCCUUUCAUUUCGCUUGAAGAAGUAAAUCUCAAUCUCAUUAAAGAUAAAUUAGGUACACACAAAAGGAUGACAUACUAUAUUAUUCAUAACAUAAUUCGGACAGAUCCAACAAUUAUACAAAUUUUCCAUCUCUUCAUUCAAAGUACCUUAAAGUUCGAAUAUUAAGUGUUCCAUGUAAUCUUUUUCCAUAUCGUCAUUUCACUAAAAUUCUAAAAUCAUAUCAUGGACAAAAAUAAAUCAUUCAUCUCUAUCAUAAUCAUAAUGAAUCAAGAUCAAAAGAUAUCAUUAGGAAAGUGA